UUUCCUCGCCACUCAGAAAAGAUUCGAAACUUUUCGUUCGGUGAGUUGGUGCUCUCGCUCGGGUCCUUUCUGGGUUGUCAUCAUAUUCGCUUCUUUGUUGAACGGGAAGGCCUUUCGGAGGCAUCGUUUGAAAGAUUUCGGGUCUGUCGGCCAUAUAAUCGAGGAAUUGUUGCCGUGAAGAGGCUGAUAUUGCAGAGAGACCUGGUACAUGCCAGUUUGGUUGGGGGUUCUGCUAAGUCUGCCUAAGACAAGAGAGACUUGUUUUUAACUUCUCUUCCACGAGAGUGAAUUCAUGCUUUGAGGAGAAUAUGGCUCCAGAGAGCAAUCACCCGUGUCCACCUUCGUCGUUCAAAGCUAAUUAUGGAGAGGGAGAUUUGGUGGUAACAGCUGAUGAAAAGGGGGAAGUUCUUGUGGACCUGAAGCAACCGCCGAUCGGAAAACCUCCUAGACACCGCAUGAGCUCCUCGCAGUUGUCUUCUGCGGUUGAAUUGGAAUUGGAGACUGGAGUAGUUACUGUAGAGCCGUCAUCAGAUGAGCAUCCUCCUUCAUCAGAUGAACAUCCUCCUUUUGUACCGGUAUUCCGCUCUGGAAGCUAUUCUAACAUUGGGCGAAAGCCAUCUAUGGAGGAUGAGCACAUCUGCAUAGACAACCUUCCCCAACAUUUAGGUGCAGCUGCAGAAUUUCCUUGUCCCGGAGCUUUCUAUGGGGUGUUUGAUGGUCAUGGUGGCACUGAUGCAGCUUCAUUUGUCCGAGAGAACAUUCUGAGGUUUAUAGUCAAGGACACCCAUUUCCCCGUCUGUUUGAAGAAGGCUAUGAAGAGUGCUUUCUUGAAAGCUGAUAGCGCAUUUGCCAAUGCAGAUUCUCUCGACAGUUCCUCUGGUACCACUGUUUUGACUGCCCUUAUUCAUGGAAGGACAAUGCUGAUAGCUAAUGCCGGGGACUGCAGGGCGGUCUUGGGGAAGCGUGGAAAGGCAAUUGAGCUGUCCAAAGACCAUAAACCUGAUUCUACAUCAGAGCGGCUCAGAAUCAAGAAACUCGGUGGUGUUGUUUAUGAUGGUUAUCUAAAUGGUGAUCUGUCUGUUGCACGGGCUAUUGGAGACUGGCACAUGAAAGGCCCUGAAGGCUCAUCUUGUCCCUUGACUGCAGAGCCGGAGCUGCAGGAGAUGGUUCUCUGUGAAGAGGAUGAGUUCCUGAUUCUCGGCUGCGAUGGCUUGUGGGAUGUGAUGAGCAGCCAAUGUGCUGUUACAAUUGCAAGGAAGGAGCUAAUGAUUCACAACGAUCCUGAGAGGUGCUCGAGGGAAUUAGUUCGAGAGGCACUUAAUCGGAAUACGCUCGAUAAUCUGACGGUAGUAGUUGUAUGUUUUUCAUCGGAUCCACCUCCUCGGCUCGAGAUACCAAAGUUGAAGAGAAGUAUAUCCAUUGAAGGUCUAUGUCUUCUUCGGGAUGCAUUGGAUAAUAGUAUGUGAUUGGGAGUGAAAUUGUAAUUCAUUCUUCACAAUUUUAGGAGGAGCCCUACGGUGUCUUGCGGAGAAAAGGGCCGCCAUUCCCGAUUGUGCCAUCGUAUGGCUUGAUGUCGGGCGAAAUAACAAAUGUUUGACGUUUGUCUGUAGCUCUGUGUACAUCUUAACAUAGUAAGAUUUUGUUUAUUUUA